AUUAGGUUCUGUUCAGUGACGUUUAACAAUACCAUCUUCACCAUUUCCAAAGACCUGAUCUCAAGAAUAAAUUGCUCCUUACAUUGAUCAGCAAAAAAUGGCCUCAGCUAAUUCUCCAGUACAGUACAAAAGCAAGGAUGAAUCUCCUGAAAUGGGAUUAUCCCAUGAUGCCAUACUAAUGAAUCCAGGUCCUCCAGCACUUUAUCAACUGAACACAGCAAGAACAUAUAUUGAUGGGAACAAUAAAAAGGUCAGACAAUGGACAUAUGGAGAUAAUUUCAAAAACACACAGAACAAAGUCAUACUGAUGGUGGGUGAAACUGGUACUGGGAAAACAACACUCAUCAACACCCUGAUCAACCACUUACUGGGGGUGAAGUUUGAGGAUCAAGAGUUUUAUCAAAUCACAGAAGAAGAAGAACAACAAGAUCAAACCCAAUCCCAGACCUCUGAGAUCACAGUUUAUAAGGUGUUUGUUGAAGAAAACCCAACAUCUCUGACCAUCAUCGACACUCCAGGUUAUGCACACACUGAAGGAUAUGAAAAAGACAGAGAGGUUGCUGAAUAUCUGAGCAGAUUAUUUGCAGAUGAGGAUGGGGUUCAUGAUAUUGAUGCAGUGUGUUUUGUGAUGAAGGCGUCUCAGAAUCGACUCUCUGGAAAAGAGCAUUACAUCUUUCACGCAGUUCUGUCUCUGUUUGGUAGAGAUAUUAAGGACAACAUUGUGUUUCUGCUCACUCAUUCAGAUGGAGGACCACCAGAUAAUGCUCUCAAUGCCAUUAAAAAAGCAGAAAUACCGUGCAGAAGAGGUGAAGAUAAUGAACCUUUUCACUUUUUAUUUAACAACCGACAGAAAGUGAAAAGAACUGAGAAGUAUGAGCAAAAGUUCAGAUCAGCCUGGGAAAUGGGGGAGAGAAGCAUAAGUGAGUUCUUCACACUCCUGGAAGAAAAGAACAGAAAAAGUGUUCAGAUGACAUUAGAUGUUCUGAAGGAAAGAAGACGACUUGAGGCCUGUGUCUGUAACCUGACAGAAAGAAUCAUUGAGAAGGAGUCAAAAAAUAAAGAACUGACUCAGAUUCAGGAAGCUCUCAAACAGAACAGAGAUAAGAUCAAGAACUGUGAAAACUUUCAGAUUGAAGUAGAGAGAGUUUCUAAAGAAAAAGUCACCAUUGAAAAACGAUUGUCGAAUGACAAGGCAACCUGUUGUUUGGUCUGUGAAGAAAACUGUCAUGAUGAGAAAGACUGCUGGUGGGUCUCUCCAAAAGAGCUUUCAAAGUGUGAUGCAAUAAAAAACAAGUACUGCACUGUGUGUUCAUCGAAGUGUCACUACAGCAAACAUGUCAAAGAAAACAAAAAAUAUGUCAUGAAAAAGAGGAAAGUCACUAUGACAUUUAAUGAACUGAAACAGCAGUAUGACUGUUGUAAUGAAAAGCCUAAAAUCAGCUUUGACAAGAAAAUAUAUACAAAUACUAAAAAAAAACAUGAAAGUAACAAGAAAGAAUCUGAAAACAAAAUGAAAAUAGAAGAAAAACUAAUCAGCGAUCUGGAGAAGAUAAAAAAUGAGAAGUUCAACUUACUGAAUGAAGCUUAUAUCAUCAUCAUAAUACUGUCUCAGAUUGCACUAAAAGCAGACAGCGCUUUUACUCUUCACUAUCUGGAUUUCCUGAUUCCCAGACUGAAGGAAGAAGGAGAACAUGAAUGGAUGAAGAACCUGGAGGAUCUGAGGAAUGCUGGAGAAGAGAAGAAAAACAAAGGGGCUUUACUUUAUGUGAUGGAUUUCAGCAGGGAAAAAUGGAACCAGUUCGUAAGUCAUGUAAAACCAAAACAUGAAUAAAUGCAGCAACUAUGGAAAAAAGAUGAUUAAGCAGAACAUACACUGAUAAAUCCGGUUAAAUAAAUAACUAACCAAAUAAUUUGAAUGGUUUCAUAAUGAACUUACUAAAUUUGAAGUUGCUUUGUUGUAAGAAAAUUCAUAAAUGUUCAACAGUUUACAAAUUGAACAGGUUACAUUUUCUCAAUCACUUAAACUCAGACUAUUGCAAUAGCAUCUCAUAUUCAUGCGAGUCAAAUUCAGUUGGUUUUAUAUCUUGGAAAAAAAUACACAUCAAGAUACAAACAUAUCAAGAUUAUAAUAUAUUACCAGCAAACAGUAUCUUGUAAAAAAACAAUCAUUUGAAAAAUGUUUCAUGCUAGCAACAGUGUACAUUCUGUAAACUCACCGGAGAAACAGAUAAAUCCACCAAUCCACAUCAACAAUAAAACCCCUUUUCACUUGUGAUACCAUAUGUUUUCAGAGGAAAAAAACUAAAUAGCUAUUCAGCCUUACAUUCAAGAUUAACAUAUUGUGUAUAGAACUUAACUCUUGAUCGUUCAGUCACAUUUUGUCCUGAUGCUGAGCACUAUGGCUGCACUUACACUGCAGAUCUUGAUGGUCUAUUCCGAUUUUGUGACUGUAUUCUUUUUUGAUGCUUACGUCAUCUUUUAAAAGUGACUCGUAUCCGAUUGUCAGCUUUUAUACAGCAUAUGGCAAAGAUGCAAUGACCAGGAAAAAAAAAAGAGCGGGUGCUGACUAACAGCUGAUAAUAAAAAAGAGUGAUCUUUUCUCCCUUUCUGUAUUUACAGUUUUUCUCAGUGGCUCUGGUGCAUUUCUCACAGCACCCUUUAUAUUUGCCCAACAGUUAAUGCAUUUCUCAAAACAGUUAAGUACAAACUGCAAAACCUAUCUGAUAACCUGCAAAAGUGUGUCACUUGCUCAAAAUGGAGAGCUCAUUCCUAAAAAACAGGUAUUGAUGUCAAGGAUCAGUGUCGUCAAGAUGAAAAGUCCUGCCACCAUUGUUUAUGAACAAGAUAGUCAGAUGGCUUUGUCAUGUUUUCAUCACGUCAGUUUACUCUGUAAAUGUUUUCCAAUGAAAAAAGUCAGAUUUUGGAGACACUUUCUGAAAAUGCUCAAGACAGCACUAUAUACUAUUUGUACAGCCAGUUAAACUACAGUAAAGUUAGACAUCACUGCACUUAGUGAGGGAUCUGAGUACAAGACACUGAAUAUGUAUGUUUCACAUGUUUACUGCAUUUGCUCUUUACAAUUCUGAUUUAUUCACAGCACUGUGCAGAAGAAUAAACACACCCUUAUUUACAACAAACAUACACUUCCUUUGAGUAGAGCUGUGCACAACAAUAAUGCAGGACAUAUUAGAACUAAACCUACAACACACACAGGUCUGUAAAUCAUUCAUCAAACUGUUCAAUUUAGAAGACAUUUUCAGAAAAAAAAGAUUAAAUUUUUUUUAAUAAAAUUAGCUUGACAGAUUUUGACUUACAUUUUUGCAUGGAAUGUCUCAAGUAAUGAAAUGAGGACUGUUAGUUUUAUAUGGAAUGACUAUUCAACAUUCACAUGUGUAGUUCAUUAUGCACCAAAUGCACCAAAGCCACUGAGAAAAACUGUAAUCUGUUCACAGGGUUUAUUUAUUUUUUAUUCUUUUUGACAGGUUGUUUUACUUUAGUUUAUGUCAGAAAACUUCUCACUUGGUCAUCUUCUUUUAAUCUAGGCCUUUUUAAACCAGUAGGCAUUUUAAUGUAAUGUCCAUGACGUGAUUUAUGCUCAUUACAUAUGCCACAGUUUUAUAUUAGUUUAUAUUGGUUACUUGGUAGAUGUUAAUCUCUUUCUCAUUAAACAUGCUUAUGUACCUGUGCUAUAUGACAAUAUAAAAGCUUUUUUAGUCCUCGUGUAUGAGAUUUAAGGUUUGGACUCUGCUGAAGUCUGUUCUGAAAUGAAAGCAUUAGAGUUGACAUCAUUCGCUAUGGUUUUUAAUGACGCGCAACUCUCAUUUACAGGUGAAAAUCCGAUCUACCUGCUUACACUGCAGACACGAGAACACAAAUCCGAUUCAUAUCGGAUAAGUUUCCACAUAUGAACAAGGCCUGAAUCUGAUUUGAGUAAAUCGGAAUCCAUGUGAUUUGUUCCUGCUUACACGUACAUGGACCAUAUUCAAUCUGUGCCACAUGGGAGACAAUCAAAAUCGAGUCACUUGAACUGUGCAGUGUAAUGCAGCCUAAGAGACCAGAUAUUGUUAAAACUCUUUAAGGCUGCAUUUACACUGCAUGUUUCAAGUGACUCAAUUCCGAUUUUUUUCCUCCCAUGUGGCACAGAUGGGAUAUGGCCCGUGU